AUGGCUGAAGCGAAUUUGAAUUAUCAGACAAUCAAAACGACGCAUGCAGCACGUGAAGCUGUAAGAUUUCGAUGUUUUAAUUCGUUCGAGUUCUUUCUUCAUUGGCUCGCCGAUGAAGGAUAUAUUGAAUCAGCUCGACAAUUAGAACAUGAAACGAAUCUUGAUGUUAAUAAAUACGAUGUCUGUGAUAACGUUGAUCUUAGUACAAUUCUGCAAGAAUACGAAUCUUAUUUUCAUGUCAAAUUCAAUCGAUAUCCAAAAUUAACUAAGAAAAAUGGACCAUCGACUGCAGCAUUUAUGAGUAAAACACAAGCAAAAAUGUCCAGUGCUCCAACAUUAAAUCGUCGUCCUCAAAUUCCACCAUUACCUCGUGUUUCCAGUAAUAGUAUGGAGAAUUCCAGUAGUCCGUCAAAUCGUGUUACAUCGGCAGGCGAUGCUCUUCGUCGUAAUCCAAGUAAUACUAAACUUAAUCUAUUGAAUUCGGAGAAAUUAACUGCGAACUCUUCAUUACUCCUAGGUAUCCAGCGACAAACAUCAAAUCAACCUUCAACAGUUAGUAACAAUAGCAAUUAUUCGACGAAUUCAGUUGAAGAUAUGAAUCUAUCGUUUAUGAAAGUCUCAUCAGUCAAAUCCGCAGCAACAGCUGCUGAACAACAACAACAACAGAAUGGUCUGAAGAAAAAGUCUUCAAACUCAAUGAAUGAUACUCGUCCCGGUUUGAAUCUGUUAGACAAUGUCGAUCCAAGUGAUCGUCUUUUAAAACCAUUAGGUGGUUACGUUGGUUAUACAUCUGAAUGGCGUGAAUUAGCAGAAGUAAUCAGUCGGAGACAACACAAAGAAAAAGAAGAAAAAUAA